UGUUGUGAUGUCUCCGCUCGAAUGGGCGGCGCGGGUUGGACUCGCGGCGAGGCGCGCGUCGCGGAUGAUUCCGACUUCGAAACCCUAAAAACCCUCCUGGAUUCCAAUGAGGGCUGGACACUGGAGUAUGAGAAAGACGGAAUCAAAGUGUGGGCCGAGGAUGCGGCACACGGAGCUCUCAGAACGGUCAAGGUGGUGGCAGAAUUCGAAGAUGUGGAGCCAGACGCGCUGUACGACGUGCUGCACGACCCUGAGUACCGAUCCGUGUGGGACACACACAUGCUGGCCGCAGAAGACGCCGGACACAUCAACGUUAACAACGACGUCGGCUACUACGCUAUGUCCUGCCCGGCCCCCCUCAAGAACCGUGACUUCGUGCUCCAGCGGUCGUGGCUGGACACUGGCGACGAGAAGUUGAUACUCAACCACUCUAUCUACCACAAGGACUAUCCGCCUAGGAAGGGAUAUGUUAGGGCUAUAUCUCUCCUCACUGGGUUUGUGGUGCGGAGCAGGCCAGGCGGAGGGAGUUGGUUGGGCUACGUGUCGAGGUCGGACCCCAGAGGAUCUUUACCUGCGUGGCUGGUAAAUAGAGUAACAGCUCAGCUAGCGCCACGCCUGGUUCACCAACUGCAUAACGCAUCACGCCGGUAUCCUGGCUGGAAGGCCCUGACCGACCUGCCUUACCACAAACCCUGGAGGCAUCCGGAGCAAGUUCCCCCGUACAGGAUCUCGCUCGCUGAUUGUGUAGAUCCAGACGCUCCACCACCACCUCAGGAACCCAAGCCUGAUACAUCCAAGAAACUAGUGGUGCCACCGCCCAGGGAAAUAGAAAGCCAAAGUGUCGAAGAUCUCGGAGACAUAUCUUCAGAAUUCAGUGUAGAAGUAGAAGAAGACUUAGCCGACCUCACGCUAGACCCCAAUAAGAAGAAAGGAAAGUUCUACAAAUUAGUCAAAUCGAUGAAGAAUAGAAGAAAAAGUGUCCAAGUUGCCAAAAGCGCGGAUAAUCUAGUCGAUAGCAAGCCGGAGGAUAGGCAGGAUAAAAAGAAAGGAUUUAAAUUUCAUCGUAGGUUCAGUCUGAGCCGAGGCCGAGAGGAUUGAAGGAAAUUUUGACAUGGUGUCCUGGUCUUUACAAUAGCCAGUUUUAAAACCUAUAGAAACUGGCAUUAUCAUUUUCACUUCUUUAUAAUAUUUUUCUUCUUGAAUAUUAUUUUACACAAAGCUGGAUGUGCAAUGCAAAUUUUUAAAGCUGGUUGAAAAACACUGGAGAUGAAUGAAAUUAUUCUGCUAUCGAUAUAAAAUUUCAGAUAUUUUGUUUACGGCGGUCAUUUUUGUUUGUCACUGAAUUGAUUGUGUGUGUACGGUAUCUUUUGUUAUCUGUAACAAUUCGCCCCGGUUUUGUUCUAUUAAAAUGAAUUUAUUCUUAUAAGCCAGCGAAAUCUUUCAGUCUGUUCUUUCACAGAAGUUAGAACUGUGUUAACUAGUUUUCCAUUUUAUAUAACAGAAUAUGUGAAUUAUAAACAAUUAUAGUAUUAAUGGUUAAAAGAUAACUUAAGUCUUUUUUCUCAACUCUAAGAGCUUAUUGAUAAAAUUAGAACGUUUAAUCAGAAUCUGUAGUUAAUGUUACAUGUCAAGAGAGAGAUUAGGGGUGUUAAAGUUAAGGGUUGUUGAAGUAGAUAGUAUUGUUCGUUGAGUAGAUGUCUUGGAAACCAAUUAAAUUUUAUCAUAUCGGAUUUAACAGAAAUAUCACUUAUGAUAACUAAUGGACUACCAGAUCGGUGGUAUACUUAUCAUGUUUUCUCCAUUUCAGAAUCAGUUUCCCAAUCUUGUAUAUGUAAAUACAAGUGUAUAGGUAAGAAAAUUUAUAUCAAUUCUUAUAUCUUCAACUAUGUGUAAGCUGAAUAUACUUAUACCUACUUUUAUUACUCGUAACUUUGUAAUAUUUUACGUAUUCUAUUUUCACUUUUUUAAGCAUAUUAUGUGAAAUAAGUAACAUUUAGGUGGAUUGCUAUAUUAUUGUUAAAGUGUUGCUAUUUCAUUGUUGAUUAAUAUUAUGAAGUUUAAAAUAAUAACGUUAAUUGAUUAAAAGCAAGAAAUGGUUAUUCUAUAUUUCGCUUAUCUUUAUCUAAGCAAUUAAAUACUUACAUCUGAUCCACACACGGGUCGAACAGAAACAAUUCAUAAUCCCAUGCUUGUUUACUAAAUAUUAAAAAAUCACAUCUAAAUCUGUUCCAAAAUAGAUUUAUAAGAAAAAGUAAUAUAAAAACAAAAUUCUCUAGUAAAUCCAUUAUGAUAUCGAUUGCAAAAACUUAAUCGGUCUCAGCCACAAAUCACGUAGCGAAUCGAUACAAUAGAAAAAUCGUUUUUUUAAUCUACUCAAGAGAAUUCCGUGUUAUAUGAAAAGAUUUACAAGUCCGUUUUUAUGUCAGGUAAGUACUUUUUCAGGUUCAAGGCCGAUUUUGUUAUUAUACCUACCUUUCGAUUGAAGAUUUUGUAAUGGAAACACAUGGAAAUUUGCAAGUGUCUUACAUCUUCAUGUCUAACGGGUAUAUAGUGUCUAGUUAAAAAGAAAAAUGAUGAUGAAAUGACAGGUUUCUUACUUACUUGGUUACGGUAGCUUCUUACAGUGCCUACUUUGGAUUAAUUAGAAGUGACCAAGAUAUUUAUUUUCACCAUCUCUUAGAUCAAUAAAGAAAUUUUAAAGAAACCUUUGUGAGUUACCUAACACUGUAAAAAUGUGUCUUAUUUAUGUCACUAUCUUUAGCCCUUCAGCCAAUAAGUUAGUAACCAUAAUCUUUUAAAAUACUUACUGUUUUGAUAAAUCAAGUUCUUUCAUUCUUGUUUUUCUUAAGUAAUUCUUUUGAGUACAAAAGUAUACCUACCUGUAUACUUUUGUUAAGUUCACGUACAGACAGAUAUUAGGUAAGCCUUUUUUACUUUACUUUUUACGUGUCUGUAGUAUUAUAUGUUAUAAAAACUAUCUUAUAAUUUGUAUA